AAUAGAUUUCUGAACCGCAUAAUCUCUUGCAGCUGUCACAGUCUCAUUUCGAAUUGCAAUCGUUAAUCGAACUGUCCAUGUGUCCUUAAUGGUCAGCUUCCAUCCUCCAAUAAACUUUUGAAGUGCUGCAUUAUAAUUUGAACGCCCCCUUCGAAUUUGCUAUCAUAAGUUAUUACAGCCAACUGAAAACCUUUGUGGUCAACGGCAGUGCUGUAUCCCUAACACGUUAAGUUUUUUUAUUUAAAUGCAUUACUGCGUUCUAGUCUUUGUUCUUUUACCAAUUUUUCCACUUGCGACUUCACAAAAAUCCACUGAGAAAAAUGAAAUAAUCUGUGGAACUUCAUCUCUCCAAGUCCAAACAUCACAAAGCCUUUCUUUGGAGCAAAUUAGCAAGUCCAGCAAUGCCCAAAAAAUAGCAGGCUUAAACAUUACAGAAUGUGCAAAUAAAUGUUGCAGCCUAUUGAAUGACUGCCAUAUAGCAAUUGUGCAGAAUACAACUUGCUACAACGUUCACUGUGAAAAAGUAGAAGACUGCCACCUUUCUGAAUCUAAUUUAAGUAACACAACUCAAACAGUGCUUGUAAGAGAGUUUACAAGGAAGUGCUCAGAGUUCUCGAAAAGUUGUGAAGUUGGAGUGGAUAAUUGUUUUGAGAAUGAAGAAUGCCAAUCUAUAAGUGAGCGUCGUAGGAAUGGAUGUUGUGAAUGUAAAGAUGGGUUCAUCAGAAACUUAAAUGGCAGCUGUUUUUUAAAUGAGGGAUCUCAUGCAGCUGAAACAACUAAUGUAGCUGAAACAACCUUGCCUUCCUGGAUCAGUACUAGUACUACCCCAGGCACGACAUCAACUACGCGAUACAUCAGACACCUAGCCAUCCAUAUCAGUCCAACUUCCAUUCAACUACCAGAACUUAAGUCAAACAUAACCGCAAUUGUCGUUCCCGAUCCUGAGUUGGGAGAAGAAUACACUUAUACAUGGAUAGUAGAGAGUUAUCCGAAAGACCAACCGCCGGGUAACAUCGAAGGCCUUAACGAGAAAACUCUGAAGCUCAGCCAACUAUCUCCUGGAAAUUACACCUUCAAUGUAACAGUCAGUUCUCCAAAUUCAUUUGGGGCGGCUCUUGCAAAUCUCACAGUUCUUGCCCCGCUACGAGCCAACAAACCCCCUGUGGCUGUUAUCGUACCGUCUUCUCAAACUGUUCACUUGCCUAACAACGUGGCCAUUUUCGAUGGUGGAACAAGCACUGAUGAUACGAAAAUUGUAUCGUACAAAUGGAAUCUUGAAAAAGGACCUAUCAAUUAUCAGUUUGAACCUAAAAGCCAAACUACUCUAGAACUCACGGAUCUGGUGCCGGGAAAUUAUACAUUCGGAUUAACGGUGACGGACAGCGAUGGCGAAUCGAAUUCGACAUUGGCCAGCGUUGAAGUCAUCAAAGAGACUGACUACCCACCUGAAGCCAACGCUGGAGAAUCAGUUGUGAUUUACCUGCCACAAAACCAAAUUACUUUAAACGGCAAUAAGAGUACUGAUGAUCACGGCAUUACUUCAUGGGAAUGGAUAUUGAUGACUGAGGGUUCCAAACUAGGAACGAAUGAAGCCAUCAAAGCGGUUGACAUGCAGAACACCCGGACUCCUUAUCCUCAAAUCUCCAACCUUGCCGAGGGGAUGUAUAGAUUCCAACUAAAAGUUUAUGACGUAGCAGGACAAUCUUCUACCGCCCAAGUAGAUGUUUUCGUGCGACGUCCAGCAACUUCUGAACCUCGAGUCGAUGCAGGAAAGAAUACUGCCAUCACUCUUCCAUCGAACUGGGUUAUUUUGGAUGGCUCAAAAUCGAAAGCGGUUGAUGACAUUGGGAUCCACAAGUGGCUAUGGGCCCAGCUCGAGGGCCCGAACACAGCGGUGCUCUUUGGACACGACCAACCCCAGGUUAAUGUUACCUCUCUGACUAAGGGUCUGUACGUCUUUCAGUUAACAGCCUGGGACGACAGUGGAGUCAGCGGAGUCGAUAAUGUGACAGUAUCAGUACUCCAAAAGGAGAAUGAGAAACCGAAAGCGAAUGCUGGUGGUGACCAGUCCGUUUCCCUUCCGCUUAAAUGGAUUAUCCUGAAUGGCUCGGCAUCAACAGAUGAUUUGGGCAUUCAAUCAUGGCUCUGGACAAGAGAACCAGAAAGUCUGGCCGCCGGGGCGAUUAUUGCCAACAGUGAUCGUACGAGUUCCCUAAUGUUAACAAAUCUUGUUCCUGGCAAAUAUGUAUUCCGUUUAACGGUCACCGACAACCAGGGCCUUUCGGAUCAUGAUAUUGCCACUCUUCUCAUACAUUCAAACCCACGGGAACUCGAUGUUGUUACUAUCACCCUAAAGAGCGACCCGCGUAGCUUCACCGAUAGCGAGUUGUCCACAAUUCGGGAACAGAUAGCGCUGCUGCUCCACCAGCAGGGUAGUAUUAACAUAAACAUAAACAUUGAUGACGUCAUGGUUGAACCCAAAUCAGGUUACGCUCGUACAGUACUACAGUUUUUUACCACUGUCAAGUCAGAAAGUGGUUGGCGGACGCUUCCAGGAACAGAAGUGGCAGCUUUGCUUAAAAAGAAACUUCGCAACGACAUUAAUCUACUGGCCUACCCGGUGCUGGAAGUCGAUACCGCUAUUUGCCAAAACAACUGCUCUGGCCACGGAGUAUGCGAUCAAGUUACCCGCCGAUGCAUCUGUCAAACGUUCUGGAUGGAAAAUCCUAUUUCUAUAUCGAAUGGAGCUGAUUACAACUGCGAUUGGAGCCUGGUGUAUGUAGUUAUCAUUGUUGUAAUCCUGGUAAUCCUUCUUGUGCUGGCUUUGGGGUCACUAGUCUAUAUGUGUCGUAAAGGUGCCUUGCCGUGCAAACGAUACUGUCCCAAGAAGCGACGUCGAUUGCAUCGUUAUUCACCGCUAGCAGAUCCGGAAGUAUUGCGAAUGACAAACAAAGUGUCAAACAGCCUGCUUCCGUCAGAUUUAGAUUCUGAUACGGAUUCGGACGUGAUCUUCGAAUCGAAGGGGAAUGGCCAUGCCAACGGUCGAUUAAUGAAUGGAAGAUCUGAAGAAAUUCACGCCUGAAAUCUGAAAUAAAGAAGAACCACCUGCUAGUCUAAAAUGCAUGCACAUCAACUUGUGAUAUUGUGUGUUUUCUUUGAAAACAAACCAGAAAAGCUUUA